AUGCCUCCGAAAAGUAGAAGAUCAGAGCCAAAUCCGAAUCAACUCAAGGAAGAAGGGAAUACUGCUUUCCUGAACAGAUAAUAUCCUAAAGCAAUUAAUCUAUACUCUAAAGCUCUACAGUUGGAAGAGAACCCUAUUUCCUACAACAAUCGUUCCCAAGCUUACUUAUAGACGGGCGAACUAGAAUUGGCUUUGUAGGAUUGUAAUAAGGCAUUGCAAUUGAAUCCGAGUUAUGUUAAAGCGACCACUAAUAAGGCAUAAGUGUUAUAUGAAAUGGGUUAUCUUCAAUAAGCAAUUGAAUGUUUGUAAAGUAUAAAUAAUCACACUCCAGAAAGUGAAUUAUUACUCAACUAAUAUUAUUAGCAAUCCCACAAAACUUUAUUAGAUUAAGCAGAAUAAGAUCGUUAGAAGAGACUAUUAGAAUGGUUGAAAAUAGGAAAAGCCAUAUUUCCAAAAAUCAAAAUUGAAUGUUACUCAGAAGAUUAUCGCGGUGUUAAUGCAAAACAAACAAUAAAUGCCAAAGAGUUGAUUCUCUUCAUUCCAAAAUCUCAUAUGAUCACUUUGGAAAUGGCCAAAGAAACAACUGUGGCUAAAAAAAUGAUGCAAUUCAGACUAGAUUUACUCUCUCCAAAACAUUCGUUUCUUUCCACCUUUUUGUUGCAAGAGAAAUUCAGGCCCAAUUCUUUCUGGAAGCCAUACAUAGACAUCUUACCAUCAUCCUAUCCCUCAUUUCCCAUAUUCUAUAACAAUAGUGAUUUAGAAUGGCUCAAAGGCUCUCCAUUUCUAAAGCAAAUCAAAGAUAAAUUAGCUGAUCUUUAGAAAGAUUACAACGAUAUAUGCAAUGUAGUGCCUGAAUUCACCUAGUAUCAAUUCCAUGAAUUCUGCUGGGCAAGGAUGACAGCCAGUAGCAGAAUAUUUGGCAUAAACAUAAAUGGUGUUAAAACAGAUGCCUUUGUACCAUUAGCAGAUAUGCUCAAUCAUAAAAGACCAAAAUUGACUUCCUGGUGUUAUUCAGAUGAAAAAUAAGGGUUUAUUAUAGAAACUGAUGAAAAAAUAGAAAGAGGACAAAUGAUAUUUGAUAGUUAUGGUAGGAAGUGCAAUUCAAGGUUUUUUUUGAAUUAUGGCUUUGUUGUUGAAGGCAAUGAUGCAAAUGAAGUCAAUCUUGCUGUAGAGGCAGAUUAAAAUGAUCCACUCUUAUAAUUAAAGGAGUAAGCAAUUAAAGAAUCCUUAUAAUGGCCUAAAAACUUCAAAUUGCUAAUGGAUACUGAUGAAACAGCAGUUAUAGAUUUCAUGAGCCAUAUCAGAUUUUUAGUGAUUCGAGAUGAGGCUCAACUUAAAUUAUUAUUAAACCAAAAAAACUCUUAAAAUUUCAAAUCUACCAAAACACAACCUUUAGGAAUUUACAAUGAAUUAGAAAUGUGGAAAAUGAUUGGACGAAUUUGUAAAAAGACUCUAAAAUAAUAUCCAACCACAUUUGAACAAGAUCAAGAAAUCCUAUAGAUUUGUGAGUUGACUACAAAUUAGAGGAACUGCUUGAUUCUCAGAAUGGGAGAAAAAGAAAUAUUGAAAUUCUAUUUUCAGUUCAGUGAAAGAAUGAAAGAACUCCUAAGUAAUUUUAAUUAAUAAGAAAUCAAUUUAUUCAGCUCUAAAGAAGAAAACUCCAAAUACUUAAACUACAUUAAUAAAGUUAUAAUGCUUUAAAAUUAGAAUUAUUAAUGA